AUGUUCGUCGUCGCGAACCGACUCCCAUCUGUCACCCGCAUGAUCGUCCACCGCUUCCCGUCCUCUAUCUCUGACAUUGUCAACGAGCUCCAUGCCAAGCCCGAAGACACGGAGGAUUCUACCGAGUCUUCCGAGUCUACCGAAUCCUCGGACGAGGAGAUUCCGACUCCCGUCCCUAUUGAAAACGAGGAGGAGGAUGCGAUUGCAACGGCCGGUGAAUCCAGCAUCGUUACCAACGUGACUCCCGAAUCCUCGGACGAGGAGAUUCCCACUCCCGUCCCUAUCGAAAACGACGAGGAGGAUACGUUUGCCACGGGCGGUGACUCCAGCACCGUCACCAAAGUCUCCUCAGUAACGACUUCUGACGAGGCUACAGAGGAUAUCGAUACGGAAAACGUCAGAAUGUUGACGGCGGAAGAUGACAGCGACGCUGCCGUCACUGCCGAUCCCGACUCUGACAAGGUUACCGAGGAUACCGAAACGGAAAACGUCAGGAUGUUGACGGCUGAAGAUGACAGCGACGCUGCCGUCACUGCCGACCCCGCCUCCGACGAGCGUCUCCCGACGGAAACGGAUGAUGCCACUGCCACGAAACGCUCGGAUCCUUUGACGUCCGCGUUUGACGCGUUUGUACUUUCUCGCGAUUGGACUAAGAAGCUCGACCUUGACGACCUGUUCUCAAUGAUUCCUCCGCAGGAUCAGUCCUCAAAGCAUCUGCAGUUGUUCCAGGAGUUUGUAAAGGCCGCGAAGGAGUUCCAUAGCAACGCGCAGACUCCUCAGGAAGAGGAGGAGAGCUCGGAGGGUAAGAGCUCCGAGGAGGAGAGCUCGGAAAAUGAGAGCUCGGAGGAGGAGAGCUCGGAGGGUGGGAGUUCGGAUGAUGUCGUUGACCAGGUGGAUGAUGACUUAACGGAGUAUCUUAGCAAGCUUGACAGCAUGACGGCUGUUCCCUUGGACGAAGAUGACUCCGCAGUCUCAGACGACAAUGCUGUGGUGACGGUUGUGGACGACUUCUACCCCUUCCCCACCAUUCUCCCUGGGUGGACCGUUGCCAACAUUGUUGGCCUGGUUGUUCUCGGGCUCGCCUUUGUCUUCCUGGUUACCAUGAUGAUUCUCAGCCUCGCCUCCAUUAUCUAUGGCUGUGCUGAUCCCGAGGAUGAUAACUCGACCGUACUGCUUUAUGAGGACAACACCAAGACCCCCCUUCUGAAGUCAUAUGUUGUGGAGUACUCCUCACCAAGGGGACAGCACGUGAACCCAGUGGCAGUGUAUGUGCCCCCUGUGGCCAAACCAGAGGGCCUUGGAUGCUGGCACUGCCGGAUCCUACAUAGGCCAGUCUCUGCAAAGGGAAUCACAUUGAAACAACGACACAAAAACAUCUCCUACUCUGUCCCCAUCCGGCGCCAUCCGCUAGCCUUCCUGCCAGUCAUUCCCUCUCUCGGCUCCUCCACUACUCGCAGCAGCACUGCUGGAAAUGCUCCCACUGAUGCGCCUGCGCACACCCCUCGACGCAAACCCCUUCCUACACCCUCCGCCUCUCCGCCUCCUGACAUCCCACCCUCAAUAGCUGCCCUCCCAACUCCCACCACCGCCCUCUCCCCUUCAAUUACUCGAAACGGUGCCCCAGUGACUCCCCUCUCCUCUUCCACCCCCACGCUCUCCCCUUCCAUAACUCUUUACGGAGCUCCUGUAACUGCCAGCACAAUGCAGCGAGUGUCAGCCUAUGUGAUGCAGGACGAUCUGCUGUUCCCGGCGCUCACAGUGCGCGAGACGCUGCUGUUUGCAGCCGAGCUGAGGCUGGGGAAUGGCAGGGUGGGGCGGAGGGUGAAGGAGGAGAAGGUGGAGGGGCUGAUGCGCCUGCUGGGGCUCUCUCGAGUGGCGGAUUCACGCAUUGGGGAUGAGAACAGAAGAGGUGUGUCAGGCGGCGAGCGCAAGAGGGUGGCGAUAGGGGUGGAGAUGGUGGGAGACCCCUCGUUGCUCUUCCUGGACGAGCCCACCUCUGGCCUCGACUCCACCUGUGCCUUUCACGUCGUCAAGGCAGUGAGGGAUGUGGCGAGAUUGCGGAGCAGCAUUGUUCUCAUGGUGCUGCACCAGCCCAGUUUCAGGGUCCUCAAUCUCCUGGACAACCUCCUCCUUCUCGGAUCGGGUCACACGGUUUUUUCGGGCUGCCCGUCCGAGCUGCCAGCUUACCUCACGGGUUUUGGCUGUCUGGCACCGCCCUUUUCCAACCCAGUGGAAUUCACACUUGAUCUGAUCCAGUUGUUACAGACGGAAGGGCAGCAGGAAGGGCAGGGAGGUCUAGGAGGGGAGAUUGAGGGAGGGCAAGGAGGGGGGGGAGGGUUGGGAGGGACGAGAGGCCCUGAAAAGGAACAGGAGAGAAAAUGUGGAAAUGUGGGACAGGAGGGGCAGGAGGGGCAGGAGAGAUUGAAGAGAGGAGAGCAGCAGGAUGAUGUAGAGGCACAGGGUGGGGUCAAGGUGAAUGGUGAGGCCCAACAGGCAAACGGCGGUGCUGGUACACCUGGCAUCCAGCGAUUGGCUGAGUUUCACCGGGAGUGGGUGAGAACGAAGGCGAUAAGAGCAGGAGCAAAGGGAACGGAGAGCAACCUUCAAGCAACAGCAGAGGUUCUAGAAGCAGAUGUUGGUCAAAGGGAAGGCGAUGGAAAGAAGAGCAGGAGCAACAGUGGGUCGGAUGUUCCUUCUUGGGAACUGGUUACCAGCUCCAGUAUCAAGAGCUCUGUGAGCUCUAGUGGUAGCAGCACAAGCAUCAGCAGUGCCAGCAGCAGUACAACCAUCGAACAGAAAGGGCAAGAGGACCAGGGGCAGCAAAGGGUCGAUGAGAAAGAGGAUCAGGAGGAGGAGGAAGAAGAGAAGGUGGAGGGGGAAGGACAGGGGAGUAGGAGGCAGCAGGGCAAGUAUGCGAAUGGUUGGUGGCGGGAGCUGUGGGUGCUGACAGCUCGGUCGGCUAUUGUGAUUCGCCGGACUCCAGCACUGUACCUGCUGCGCCUGCUGCUUAUCAUGAUAACGGGUCUGCUUAUAGCGUCGCUCUUCUGGCAGCCAGAUUUCAACACACGCGGAGUGCACGAGCGUCUGGCCUUCAUUGCCUUCCUCACAUGUACACUCUUCUUCUCCUCUGGUGAUGCAACUCCGCUCUUCAUACAAGAGCGCAACAUAUUUGUGAGGGAGACGACGCACAACGCGUACCGCCCGUCCACCUACCUGCUGGCCUCCACGCUCGUCUACCUGCCUCUGCACCUUCUCAUGUCCCUCGCCAUCACUCUAGAGGCCUGGUGGUGCCUCAGUCUCACCGGGGGGGCGGCAGGGCUGGCCUUUAUGGUGCUGGUGUGCUUCUGCUGCCUCUUCACAGGGAACGCCAUUGCCACCUUCGUCAGUGCCACAGUUAACAAUGUCAUUCUCGCCUAUGCUGUGGUCAUCACCGUUUUGGCCAACUUUGCCCUCGUCUGCGGCUUCUAUAUAGAGCGAGCCAGCAUUCCCUCUUACUGGCUCUGGCUACACUACAUAUCUCCCCUGAAAUACGCUUAUGAGGCGCUUGCCCUUAACGAAUUUGACCGGGUGACUUCGCUAUGCUACCUUUCUGCACGUGAUAUCUACUCCUCUACACCGCUCUCUGUUCUGCUCGAUGAAGUGGACGUUCAAAGGUCACUCGUUGCGCUGCGCCCUGCUCUGAUUGGUUCUCCGUUUGCUGAGGUGACGUCGCUCGGGCUGGGAGAGCUCCCGGACAUUGCGGGAGCGGUGAACAAGCUGAGCGAAACGGUUAUGAACAUCGACACAUCGGGAUUCGACGGCGGACUGGGUCUCGACUUCCUCCCUCCUGUCAUCGAAGACAAGCCGGCAGCGAGCUCGUCCUCUCAGACGUCCAAGCCCAGAGCAACCACAGAUGGCGCUCGAACUGCUCCCUCUCCUUCCACAGCCACCGCUCGAGCUUCUGCUCCUGCCGCCACUGCUCCCGCCGCUGUUCCGCCGAAAGAGAAAGCCCAGGAGGCGUCAGCGGGCUUCAAAACACCCGAAAAAGCAUCGCCAAAGCCGGUCACUGAAGCAGCUCAAGGCUCCCUGGCGAGAAGCGUUGCACCAGCAGCAGCAGGGGAAGGUUCAGCAGCAGGGGGAGCAGCAGGGGUUUCGGUUAAGGGAAAGGAAGCAGAGGCGAUGGCGGCAGUGGGUGGAGGUGCGAAGCCGGAGAGCAAGCUUGGAGCAAAGAAGCUGGGAGCUAGCAAGCUGACUCGGCCUCUGCGUCCCACUGCUAAGAGUACUGCUGCUGCUGCUGCACCUGCCGCUGCUGUUGAUGCUGCUGCUGCUGCUGCUGCUGCACCUGCUGCUGCUACUGAUGCUGCUGCUGCUGCUGCAACCGGAUCAGAAGGGGCUGAGGCUUUGGCUGAUGGGAGUGGCAGUGAAGGGAAAGACCAGGUGGUAAAGGAGGAGAAAGAGAAGAAGGUGGAGAAGAAGCCAACCAAGAUCGUGAAGCUCGUCAAAGGAAAGCUGACCAGGCCACAGGCCGAGACCGAAGCAGCAGCAGCAGAAGUAGCAGCGGGAGAAGCAGCAGCAGUAGCAGCAAGAAACCUGGAGGGGUCAAGCGGUGCUGUAGAAAGAGCAGGUGACGUAGCGAAGGUAGAAGACGAGGGAGGAGCAGGGUGGGCGAUAGAUGAGGAGGUGUUACCUGGUAACCAGGCCACGGUUGCUGCUAGUCCUCGUCUGGGUGACAAGCCAGCGUCCGCUGCCCCCGAGCCUGUUGCUGCAGCUACGGCUGUUUCUGCCAAAGCUGCUGCCAAACCGGAGGUCGAGGAAGAGCCCAAACCUACACCAGGUUCGGCAGCAGGCGAAGCUGUUACAGGAAUGGGAGGGAAUGUGGCAGAGGAAUCGGAGGGGUGGGCUGCAGUGAUUGAAGAGGAAGAUAUUGUAACAAACGGGGGAGAUGCAGCUUUCUCUGGUACAGAUGCUGGAUCGAAGGAUGUCUUUACGAAAUCAGAGGAUGCUGCAGGGGAUGACGCUGCAGGUGGUGGUUCUACUGCGGGUGUAUCUGCAGACAGUGCUGCUGUUGAUGCUGGUGCUGGGGCAGGUACUAUUGGGGCAGGUGAUGACGGUGCCUCAGCUGCUGUGGCGGCUGCUAAUGCGUCGUCCACGCCUCUGCCGUUCAGCGGGUUCGAAGCAGCCUCAGAGGCCGUUUUCAGCAUAGAUGAUGGGGAAGGGGACGGGGAGGAGGACGGGGAGGGUGCCCCUGCGCCAUCCCCUGUCAAACCCUCCCUGUCACCACCAGUUAGGUCACCAGUCAAGUCGCCAGUCAAGUCACCAGUCAAACCACCAGUCAGAUGGGCUGCUUCAGAAGUCGAGGCAGCAGCAGGUGGCGAAGCAGCUGCAGAAAGGGAGCCCGCAGUUGACAGCGGUGCUGCUGCUUCUGAAGGAGGCGAACGCGGCUGUGAAGCUGCUGUGCAGACGAGUGAAGAGGAAACAAGGUCUUUGAAUCAGGAAUCAGGGGCAGAGGAGGAGAAAGUGGUAACGCAGAUUGAUGUAGAAGCGGAGGCAGAUUCGGGGGAGGCAGAUGCAGGGGAGGUGGGCUUAGGGAAGCAUCCAGUGAGUCCACUUGAGAAAAUGGGUGCAGCAGAGAAAGCGGGUGCAGCUGGUACGGAUGGGAAUGGAUGGGCUGUGGGCAGCGGUAGGGCUGAGGAAGAGGCGGUUUCUGCUGGUGAUGCUCCUGGGGAGGAGGUGGCGCCUGGGCUGGUGGUCAAUGGGGAGGGUGUACAAGGCACAGCAGGUGCAGGGGCAGGGGAAGCAGCAGCAGGCGCGGUUGCCUUAGUGGAUGCAGCGGUGGCAGAGAUGGUGGGAAGCGAUACAGCAGCAUCGGUUGAGACUGAUUCUGCUGCUGCUGCUGCUGUGUCUGUGGCUGAGAAUAUUUCAGACGCUGGUGCAACGGAGGCAAGGGGAGCGAACGAGGGUGAAGCGGCAGCAGUGGCAGAGGCUCUCUCGUCCGAGCUACAAGCGGAGUUGGUGAGAGUGAAGAUGGAGCUGGCAACGAUGGAGAGCGCCCUGCAGAAUGCGGGCAAGCAAGCACAGACCAAGGCGGACGAGCUGGCCAAAGCGAUGACUGUGAAUGAUGAGCUUCGGGCCGAACUGGAAGACUGGAAGGCGAAAAAGAACAAUGACGCGGAACUAGAAGCCCUACGGGAGGAGUACCAGCACCGACUGGGGGCAGCUGAAAGAAAGGUAUAUGCUCUAACCAAGGAGCGGGACAUGCUGCGACGGGAGCAGAGCCGCAAGGCAGACACGUCGACGCUGCUGAAGGAGAAGGAUGAGAUCAUUCGGCAGGUCAUGGCGGAAGGAGAGGAACUUUCCAAGAAGCAAGCAGCACAGGAAGGUGCCAUGAAGAAGCUCCGCACUCAACUUCGUGAGAUGGAGGAGGAGAGGACCCGGCUACAAAAUCGGCUGCAGGUGGAGGAGGCUCGAGUGGAGAGCAUCAAGAAAGACAAAGCAGCCACCGAAAAGGCGCUUCAAGACGCAGUAGAACGCGGGCAGGCGGAUCUCGCCGCCCAAAAAGACUUCUACGUUUCUGCCCUUUCAGCUGCCCGGGAGGCGCAGGCAGCAGCAGAGGCGCGGGCGGACAGCGAAGCAAAGGCGGAGGCAGAGAGGAAGUUGAAGGAGGCGGGGGAGAGGGAGAGGGCGCUGGUGAUGACUGUGGAGGAGCUCAGGCAGGCUCUGACAAGGAGCGAGCAGCAGGCAGGGUUCCGAGAGCAGAUGCUCAGAAGGGACCUGGAGGACAUGGAGAAGCGAUGCCAGGACAUGGAGAAGCGAUGCCAGCACGACCUCUUCUCUUCUCUCAACAUCAGCCCCAGGGUUCAGAGAGCAGAUGCUGGAGAAGAGAAGAGGUCUAGCCAGGCAGCGGAGGCUCGGCACGAGGAGCUAGUGGCUCGGAUACCGGAGUCGACCCGCCCGCUGCUGCGGCAGAUAGAGGCGAUGCAGGAGUCGGCCAACACGCGCAUGGAGGCCCUCUCAGGGGUGGAGAGGGCGCUGAAUGCUCGGCUGCAGGAGGCAGAGGCAAAGGCGGCAGUAGCGGAGGAGAGGGAGUGGGUGACGAGCGAGCGGCUGAACCAGACGCUGUCCCGCCUGGCAGUCAUGGAAGCCCAGCUCUCCUGCCUGCGCGCCGAGCACUCCCAGCUCUCCCGCUCCCUCGACAAGGAGCGCCAGCGGGCCGCGGAGAAUAGGAGAGAGAGAAGAGAGAGGGUACCUGACUGCCUUGAGGCAGAGGCGAAGGCGGCGGUGGCGGAGGAGAGGGAGCGGGUGACGAGCGAGCGGCUGAACCAGACGCUGUCCCGCCUGGCAGUCAUGGAAGCCCAGCUCUCCUGCCUGCGCGCCGAGCACUCCCAGCUCUCCCGCUCCCUCGACAAGGAGCGCCAGCGGGCGGCAGAGAACAGGACGGAGUAUCUGAGCGCUCAGGAGGCGAAGGUUGCGGCGGAAGGGAGGGUGAAGGUGGUUGAGGAGGAGAUGAGGGAGGUGAAGGGGCGGUGGCGGAAGGAGGUGCAGGAGGAGCGACAGCGGAGGGAGCUUGUGGAGCAGGAACUGGAGAGCGAGCGAGCAUCCAUGGCUGAGCACGAGAGGAAGAUUCGGGCAGAGGGGCGGGCUGCAGCAGAGAAGGCGCUGGUGGCAGCGCAUGCAGCAGCAGGCUCCUCGUACCCCGACCUCUCAGUCCGCCAGUCCCUGCGCCGGGUCCCCAGCAGCAGCAGUGCGGGCAGCAGCGCCAUCGAGGAGGCAACAGCGUCGGGCAUCCUCGCUGCCUCGCUGCUCCCUGGAGGCUCCUCGUCCCACUCCGACCUCCUCACAGGAGCGAUAAUCGGCAGCACCAGCAGCAGCGGCGGAGGGGGCGGGGGGUUUGGGAUGCUUGGUGCCAGUUCGUCCAUGGGGGCGUUGGGGGGAGGGAUGGGGGGAGGGGUGGGGAUGGGGUAUGGUGGGGCGAGCGGUGGAGGUCUGCUGAGGCCGAGUGCUGCGAAUGCUGCGACUGUGGAGCAUUUGGAGUCGCUGCUGCGGCAGAAGGAUGGGGAAAUUGCCACACACACCGCGAGACUGGCCGCACUGGAGAGCACACGCGAUUCGCUGGCUGAAGAGCUGGUUAAGACAACCACCCAGUGUGAGAGUCUGCGCAGCGAGGUAACUCAGCUGCCGGGUCUCAAGGCGGAGCUGGAGGCUAUCAGGAGGCGGCAUGCUUCUGCCCUGGAGCUGAUGGGGGAGAGAGACGAGCAGGUGGAGGAGCUGAGGGCAGACCUGAUGGAUGUGAAGCAGAUGUAUCGGGAGCAGAUCGACAUGCUGGUGGAUCAGGUUGUGAACAAGCCAGCAGGAGUGAAGCAUUCGCCGCUGCACCGAUUCGUGGGGGGAGCAUUGGUCAACCGAGUGGCGCACUAUCUGCAGGCUGAUCCCUUCACAGUGCAUCGUCUAGACAUGUUCACCAGCGGCGUCAUGUGCUUCGCCAAGUCUCGCCCUGUCUCCCAGGCUCUCCACCAGGCCUUCCGCGCUAAAGACCAGGCCUUCCUCUCCAAAGACCAGGUGGGGCAGCAAAUCAUCCGCUUCACCAAGUCUCGCCCCAUCUCCCAGGCUCUCUACCAGGCCUUCCGCACCAAGAGCCAGGUGGCGAAGCAGUAUCUGGUGCUGGUGGUGGGGCUGCCUCGUUUGGACUCCUUCACAGUUGAUGCUCCCACAGCACGGGACCCUCACCAUGACCCGCCUCCCGCUUUGUGCGCUGGUCCCGUUUCCUCUAUGCGUCUAUCGCGUCCCUGCCCCUCCCUCCCAGGUGGUGAAGCAGUAUCUGGUGCUGGUGGUGGCGAAGCAGUAUCUGGUGCUGGUGGUGUGGUGGCGAAGCAGUAUCUGGUGCUCGUGGUGGGGCUGCCUAGUUUGGACUCCUUCACAGUCGAUGCCCCCAUCGCACGAGACCCUGACCAUGAGUUUGCACGCAUGGCUGUAGCAGCAGAGGAGGUCGAAGAUAGAAAUGGAGAGGUUGGGGCGGAGGAGGGGGGAGAAGGAAGUGUAGUUGCGACGCCUCAGGGAGGCCCCAUCGCACGAGACCCUGACCACGAGUUUACGCACAUGGUUGUGGCAGCAGAUGAGGUUGGGGAGAGGAGUGGAGAGGUUGGAACAGAGAAUUGUGGGGACGGAAGUGUGCGUAAGACGCCGCAAAGAGCUCCCAUCGCACGAGACCCUGACCACGAGUUUGCGCGCAUGGUUGUGGGAGAGGAGGCUCGUAAGAGGAGGAAAGAGGUUACAGAGGAGCAGAGAGAAGGGAUGGGAGAGGCUGGGGCAGAGGAGCUUGGAGCGAGGGGACAGGGGACAGGGGAGGAGACGGAUGGAAGGGGUGAGGGAGUGGGAGAGAGUGUAGGAGAGAGUGUGCGGAUCAAGAAAAUGGAGAGCAAGAUACAGGCAGCAGUGACAGAGUUCCGUGUGCUUGCAAGAAGUGAAGCCUCCGGGGUAUCCCUUUUACAAGCCGUCCCGGUAACAGGAAGGACGCACCAGAUCAGAGUGCAUCUGCAGCAUGCCAAGCUGCCUGUGCUAGCAGAUCAUAUCUAUGGCGCCCUCCCUCUCAUGUGGGCUGCGGUGCCUGGUAAAGUUAUGUGCGUUGGCAGGUAG